AUGAUAAAGAGGAGAAAAAAGAACCUAGAUGAAGUAUACGCUUUAGGUCAACAUAUACGUAUGUCUGCUCACAAAGCUCGUAGGGUAAUUGAUCAGAUUCGUGGGCGUUCUUAUGAGGAAACCCUUAUGAUACUAGAACUCAUGCCUUAUCGAGCAUGUUAUCCCAUUUUCAAAUUGGUUUAUUCGGCAGCAGCGAAUGCUAGUCACAAUAGGGGUUUCAACGAAGCAAAUUUAGUCAUUAGUAAAGCCCAAGUCAACGAGGGGACUGCUGCGAAAAGAUUAAAACCUCGAGCUCGAGGGCGGAGUUAUCUGAUAAAAAGACCCACUUGUCAUAUAACUAUUGUUUUGAAAGAUAUCUCCUUCUAUGAAGAAUAUGAAGAAUUUUUCAUGUGCUCAAAAAAACCUGGAUUGAUAAAUAGAAAUAAAAAAAAGAACACAAAUCUGACAUGUCAUGAUACAUAUAGUAGUGGGGGCUUAUGGGACAAAAAAUAA